AUGGCUAAUACUGAUUUGUUCGAUAUUAAAGCUACGCGUUUUCUUCAAUCCGCACAUAGUAUUCUAACGCCAAAAAACUAUUCGUUAUUAUCUCAAAUUCUACUCGACUGGCAUUCCUCAUCUACAUUUAACCAACUACUUUCGUUAUGGAGGCCAUUCAAAAAGUCAACAAUUCGUGAUUCAUUCUCAUUUCUACAUGUGCUGUGUUUUAAUGUACGUGGAUUGAAUCUACAUUGGGGAGAAGUCUGUCUAUUAACAUCGAAACAUAAAUUUGAUAUCAUGGUAUUGGGAGAAGUAGGACAUUUGGAUUUUGCUACUAUCGGCGCAAGUUUCCCUAAUCAUCGUUAUUACUAUCAACCUGGAGAAAACGCACAUGGUGGCGUUUUGGUGCUCAUUCGUUCAGGUGUACCGGUUACAAGAUUUACCUGUCCGUUAGCUAAUGUAUAUGUACUCGACUGUCAUCUCGAAGAGCCUGUUCGAAUUAUUUCGAUGUAUGCGCCAGAAUGUAAAACGUGGAAAUGGUCCGAUUUAUCAUCAUUCAUAACAAUUCGUUGCGUUGUCUUAGGAGACUUCAAUGUUGAUUUGGAAAAAGAUAAGGCCGAACGAGUAAACAUAACAGUCCAAGCAAAUGAAGAAAUGACAUCAAGUGAUCAUAAACCAUUGUUUUGUACCUUGGCAUGUGAAGGAAAAGAAGCAAACCAAGGAAGUCGUACAGCGUGGGAUGUUUUCUCAUUAGCUUUAUCGUAUACUUUUGAUUUCUGGGGAAAACAAUGGAAUUUUGGACAAUAUGAUGAGACAUAUGAACAAUUUAUUUCAUUCUUGUCAUUAUUAUCUGCUAGAUGUACAUCACAUUUUCCUCUCAAUCGUGCGCGUUCAGCGGUACCAUCCGAUAUUCUAGUUUUAUUAUCGAAAAGUCGUUCACUGGCUUUCAAAGCAAAACGAAAAGGUGAAAUAAAACUUCGAGAAGAAGCACGAAUUCUACGAAAUUGGGCUCGUUACGAGUUGAAAAAAUUCCAACAAGAACAGCUUGCUCGAUAUUUGAAAGAUAGAUAA